CGGUUUCACAUGCAACAUGCAGUCCCAAACUGCAUCGGUCCAACAGUCUGAAGGGGAUAACGUCACUACCUGUGGUAGUAGUAGUUGUCUGGUUUAUUGGAAGUAAGAAAAGAAAUGAUAUUUGGACAAAUGGAGGACCACACAUAUUAUUUAGUACAAUUCAAUGGACAUUGAAGACAUGAAGAACCAGAAAAUCUGCAGUGUGCAACAACAAUGCCCAACAUGCAGAAAAUUGAGUCUUUUAGCAGCAAGACUUUUUGUGGUCGGUCCACACCUCCAAAGUUCGCUCAAAUCCCUCCAACCAAUGUUUCCAUUCCUCUAACGCCAGUUUGACAGCUAGAAGUUCCUGGUUCCCUACAUCAUAAUUAUGCAGGGAAGAAGUCUUUGGUCCGGAACAGAACACUGUGAGAAAACUUCUCAUAUCCCAAUUACUGAAGCACCAACCUCCACAAUGAACUGGAAGAGGUCUGCUUUCAAUGUGUCGUCCCAGAAAACUCACAGAACUGCUGAUAAAUGCACACUUCUCAGCCUUGACAAAAGCACCUUCCCCACCGACCUGAGCCAUGUGGAACAGGAGCCCUACCAGGAUCAGGCCUGUCAAGUGAGGCUCCAUUACUUAACCCAUCAGGAAAUUUCAAGCUCAGACCGGUUUGCUCUUCGGGCCCCAGGCCCACGAUGUUCCUCCCGAGGGCCGACAACCAGCCGACUUUUAGACAUGACCUCCUUCUCCAGCAGCAGCAGCUACUUGUCCUCCUCCCACCUGGGUAGCUUUAGCGCUGGCAGCGUGUAUGGAGGAGCUGGAGGAUCUGGAGUCCGUGUGUCCACGGCCUCCUUCUCCUCCUCCGGUGCUAGAAGUGCUGGCAGAGCCUUCAACCUGAGCGACGCAAUGGACAUCUCGGUCAGCGAGAAAUCCACCAUGCAGAACCUCAACACCCGCCUGGCCAACUAUCUAGAGAAGGUGCGCAGCCUGGAGAAGGCCAACGCCGAUCUGGAGCUGAAGAUCAGAACGUUCCUGGACAGCAAAGUUGCGCCAGAGGCUCACAACUAUAGCAGCUUCACCGUCCAAAUCAAAGACCUGCAGGACCAGAUUUAUUUUGCAGCUAGUAGAAACGCCGCCCUUGUCCUCUCCAUCGACAACCUCAACCUGGCCACCAACGACUUCAAAGUCAAGUACGAGAACGAGCUGUCCAUGCGUCAGUCAGUUGAGGCCGACAUCGCAGGUCUGAAGAGGGUCCUGGACGAGCUGACUCUGAGUCGGACUGACCUGGAGAUGCAGAUCGAGGGUCUGAUGGAGGAGACGAUCAAUCUCAAGAAGAACCACCAGGAGGAGCUGCUGGCAAUGCCAGCUCAGAUGAGCGGUCAGGUGAACGUGGAGGUGGAUGCAGCUCCAGCAGAGGACCUCAAUAAGGUCCUAGAGGAGGUCAGGGAGUACUACGAAGCCACUGUUGCCAAAAGCCGCAAGGAACUGGAGGCGUGGUUCAAUGCAAAGACAGAAGACCUUCACAAAGAAGUCGCUAUCAGCACAGAAACCCUC